UAUAGCAAAUCAUAAAAACGCAAUAUUAGUAUAAAAAAAAAAUGAAGGUCUCUCAGUUUAUUAUCUCUUUUAUUACGUUGGCAUUGGUCAUUCCCUUUUCCAAUGCUUAUGAUCCAAGUCCACUCCAAGACUUCUGUGUGGCCGUUGGUAACCUCAACAAUGGUGUUUUUGUGAAUGGUAAGUUUUGUAAGGACACGAAGCAAGCAAAGGCAGACGAUUUCUUCUUCUCAGGCCUCAACCAUGCAGGAAACACUGAUAAUGAUGUCAAAUCCAACGUUACAACGGUCAACGUCGAUCAAAUUCCAGGGCUAAACACUAUGGGAAUAUCCUUGGUCCGCAUAGACUAUGCGCCUUAUGGCCAAAACCCGCCUCACACGCACCCUCGUGCCACUGAGAUCCUUGUCCUUAUCGAGGGAACUCUAUAUGUCGGGUUUGUCUCUUCCAAUCAAGAUAAUAAUCGUCUAUUCGCCAAAAUUUUGCACCCUGGAGACGUGUUUGUGUUCCCCAUAGGCAUGGUUCAUUUUCAAGUGAAUAUUGGGAAGACCCCUGCUGUUGCCUUUGCGGGACUGAGUAGCCAGAACGCUGGUGUCAUCACAAUUGCAAACACAGUGUUUGGAUCGAAGCCUCCCAUUUAUCCAGAAGUUCUGGCUCAGGCGUUUCAGUUAGAUGUCAAUGUCGUCAAAGACCUUGAGGCCAAGUUUCCAUCCAAGAAUUGAGUCUAUAUAUUUUAAGAGUCUUUGUCACUGUAACAGUUAAAUAACAAUGUAAUACGUAUCAUAAAAAUGUUAUGCUUAACAAAAUAAAAUAAAACGAUUUGGUUCACCUAAUUUUAUA